GAAUGCUCCCAUUGUGGCUUUUGAAGUCGGAACAGGUUACAAGAAGUGAAUCGGACAAAUCGCUGCGUGUUUUCCUCACUAAUCUGGACAUUAUCCGAUUACGCCAGGCGGCUUUUUUUGUUUUGAAACUGAGCAUCGUGCAGAAAGAUGUAAGGCGACGCUGUGACGGCAUCUGGAUCGGACCGCGGGGCAAAAUCGAACUGCAGAUUCCUCUUAAGCACACAUAAGCUGCUCAUCACAGAUCUGCAACGUGCCAAGAAAAACAUUACACGCUUCUAGCUGACGCAAACCCAGCCUGAGGUGCACUUCAUCAUCGUCCAUGUACAGUAUGUAAGCUGUAAAUGAGUGCAGCCCCGAGAAUGGGAUCAAUCUAUGUUCAGUAUUGCAUCAGAAAUACCAGAGACUCGACAUGUCACUUUGGCAGGCAUCCUUGGAGAGUCAGCACCACUCCACAGACUGUUACCAGAGAUUGUAAGAAAAGGAUUUUGAUUAAAGCAUUGAUCCUGGAGGAGUUCAAGAAACAAAAGGACUUAAAUCAUUCCACUUAUUGUCUUGAUUGGGUCCAUUCUUUCUCUGCUUUACUGCCUCAUGGAGCCAGAAAACAAAACAUUUUUUAUGUCCAGGUUUUAAAGGGGCUUGGAGGUGUUUAAGCAGCAGCUCCAGUCUGAUGACGUGUUCUCAUCGUUCAUGCCGAGUUUGAUGCCUGCAGCCGACGCUCCAGAAGUUGAUCCGGCCUCACUGAGAGACAACGCCUUCUCCAUCGGUUUCACAGACCUGAACGAGUCUCUCAAUGAGCUGGAGGACCAUGACCUGGAUGCUCUGGUGGCUGACCUGGGAUCAAAUUCAAACCCACAAGAACCCUCUUCUGAUGAACGGACAGAUACUCACAGUGCACCACCCGCCAUGACUCAGGAGCCACAGCCAGCAGCUGCCCGUCCUGCACCACCAAACUCCACCCAACCAUCCAGGGUGAAGCAAACGAGCGAACUGCAAACAAAGGCAGACAAAAUCAAUCUUGCUCUGGAGAAGCUGAAAGAGGCCAAAGUGAGGAAGCUGAUAGUGAAGGUGCUGAUGAGUGACGGCAGCUCCAAGACUCUGAUGGUGGAUGAGAGGCAGUCGGUCCGAGAGGUUUUGGACACUCUGUUUGAAAAGACGCACUGUGAUUGCAGCAUCGACUGGAGCCUGUGUGAGACCGACCCCGAGCUGCAGAUCGAAAGAGGCUUUGAGGAUCAUGAAUAUUUAGUGGAGCUGCUGUCUGCUUGGACUCGCCACAGUGAAAACAAAAUCUGCUUCCUGUCAAGACCACAGAAAUACGUGAUGUUCACAGACCCUCAGCUGUUUUACAUGUGGAAAAAGAAGAAGUCCUGUUCGAGUGAGAUCAACAAGCAGGCCAAAGAGCUGCUGAUCAAGGAGCAUUUUGGGGGUUCUGCUCUGAUUGUUCCUGACCUCGAAGGAACCCUUUACCUGAAAGAAGAUGGGAAGAAGGUUUGGAAACCUCGCUGCUUCGUGCUUAGGGCCUCGGGCAUCUAUUACGUACCCAAAGGAAAAACAAAGUCUUCUACUGAUCUCGCCUGCUUUGUCCGUUUUGAGAAAGUCAACGUCUACACCACCAACAACUACAAGCAGAAAUACAGAGCUCCCACCAACUUCUGCUUCAUGCUAAAGCAUCCCUGCAUCCAGAAAGAGUCUCACUACAUCAAGUUCCUGUGCUGCGAUGAUGAACACAUGCUGAUGCUUUGGGUCAACUCCAUCAGAAUAGCCAAGUAUGGGACUGUCCUCUAUCAGAACUAUCAGGCUGCAGUGAGGAGAGCGUCCACUCUACAAACUCUUACUUCUGCUGCACACAAAGACAGAUCCAAUGGCCACACCCCUCGGACGACUCCAUCCAAAACCACAAAUGUUGUCAACUACCCACAUGAGCCUCCGCCUGACUUCAUUCCUCCUCCUCCUCCUGGACACGAACAUGCUUGAGACGCAUCUUCGCCUCUUCAUGAACAUCAGUUGAGACCCCAGUAAUGCACAAACAUGUAGUUUUAGUGUUACUAUGAAGCAAAAGAGCGUAUUAUGAAAAGUAUUUAUUCACAAAUCUAUAAUGAUAUUUAUUUGCGUUUGGCUGUGGACAAAUAUACGGAGCCCCUAUGAUGACAUGGUAAAAAAAAAAAAUAAAUCGUGGCCACAAUAUAGCUAUAACGUGCGCACGAAAUACUAAUUAAUUCACACGAACUAUUAAUUCGUUCGCACAAAAUACUAAUUCGUUCGCACGAAUUAGGUACAACGUCUGCACGAAAUACUAAUUUAUGGCCACGAAGUAGGUAUAACGUGCGCACGAAAUACUACCUAAUACUAUUAAUAUCAUUCCUGGACAGCUGGGUAAGCAAAUCAAGCGCACCUCAACUGGGUAAGCAAAUCGAGCGCACCUUCUCUAGGGUCUAAGGUAGAGGCAUUAGAGGAGCAAAAGCGGCACGAUGGACAGGGACAGUGUGAUAGAAUUUUAUUUUAGGCUGGAAAUGAGCUACAAAGACAUUCUGAAAAGCCUGGCAUUGAAAGGGACCAUCAUUACUGAGAGACAUUUAAACAGGAUAUUGAGAGUAGGGUUGCCACCCGUCCCUUAAAAUACGGAAACGUCCUUUAUUUGACAAUUAAUUGGUGCGUCCCGUAUUGAAUCAAUACGUGACGCAAGUUGUUCCGUAUUUUCAUAAAUGCCCCGUACACGUCUGUCACACACAUCAAAAUUGCAUAAUGAAUAAAAUAAAACACAGGAAAUAUUAAGGGCAGCCAAUUUCAUCUGCGUAGGACCUAUGUAGCGAGGACCCGAUGCCAGGUCCAGUGGACAGACUUCAGACAUCUCUGUGUGUCCGGUCCUGUCCGGUCCUGUCUCUGGUUGCCUGGUUACAGACGCUGCUGCACCCGCACGUUUAAAAAUGUCUACACCUGAAACUCCACCACGUCUAAAGAAGCAAAAACGUUUGUAAAUGUACAGACUGGAGUGGGAAGAGUGGAACCCCUGGCAAUGGAUACAAGGCAAACUGUGUUUUCUGUUGCUCAUGGACUGGCUGAAGUAAGGCAGCAUCAGGAGACAAACAUGUAAGAAAUAUGAGAACAGAGAGAACCCAACCAGCAGGUCACAACUUAUCAUCAUCUAAUCAUCUCCUGAAGUCGAUAUGGUAAGUGGACAUCAUGAUGAGAUCACCUAGAUUUCCUACAGUAUAUGGCUGUGAAUUUACCAGAGGAUGCUUAUAAUAAUGCUGAUGUGGCCGUAGAUUCUACACAAUUUUAGUGAGUCAGUAAAUGCCUAAGUUGGUUAUUAUUUUUUUAAUGCUUUUUAGUUUUUAAUAAACAUUGUCGCUCAAAAAACGUCAUAGUAUAGCCUUUGGUCCAGAAAAUGUCCAUAGUAUAGCAUGUCGUCCAAAAGACAUCAUAGUAUAGGAUGUCGCUCAAAAAAGUCAUCGUAUAGCCUUGGGUCCAAAAAAACAUCAUAGUAUAGCAUGUCGUUCUAAAAACAUCUUAGUAUCGCCUGUCGCUCCAAAAACGCCAUAUUAUAGCCUUUGGUCUAAAAACAUCAUAGUAUAGCAUGUCGCUCAGAAAACGUCAUAGUAUAGCGUGUCGCUCUAAAAACAUCAUAGUAUAGCAUGUCGCUCAGAAAACGUCAUAGUAUAGCGUGUCGCUCUAAAAAGAUCAUAGUAUAGCAUGUCGCUCAGAAAACGUCAUAGUAUAGCAUGUCGUUCUAAAAACGUCAUAGUAUAGCAUGUCGCUCAGAAAACGUCAUAGUAUAGCAUGUCGUUCUAAAAACAUCAUAGUAUCGCCUGUCGCUCCAAAAACGCCAUAUUAUAGCCUUUGGUCUAAAAACAUCAUAGUAUAGCAUGUCUCUCAGAAAAUGUCAUAGUAUAGCGUGUCGCUCUAAAAACGUCAUAGAAAAGCCUUUAGUCCACAAAACGUUGUUAUGUCCUGGCUGUCUGAAGUAGGUGAGGAGCAACACAAAAACAGUCCAAACGCUGGUUUCCAGAGGGUUAGAUGAGAAUUUAUUUGAAAGAGUAAGUUUACAACAACACAACAUGUGAGGGAGUUAAAAGCAAAUGGGUGUUAGUAAAAUAAAAAUAAAUAAACAGAACUAAAAGUGAACUUCACGUUGACAUUGAUGGGCAUUCCAACCAGGAACUAAGUAAAAGAUAAUCAAUACAAUACCUGUUCACCUCUUAAAACCCAAAAACACACCACAGUAGCACCCUAAACUAAAACUACCAAUGGGUUUCCUGUUUCCUUUCUGAACAAUUCAAAGGUCCCUCUCUAUCUCCCCACACAUCCACCAACCACUGGAACACAUCUCCAAAGUUCUGCCGGGCCAGCUCAGCUUCCCCUCAGAAGAAGUGCCACCACCUGCCAGAUGAAGGAGCCUUUUGAGAGGCAGCUGGCAUCGUGAUUGGACUGUACUUUGGUCUGUUCCAAUCCAGCUUCAGUUCCAGAGACGGCAGGCGGGACGAGUCAACGGAGGCCUGGUGGACGAAGACAUGGAGCUGAGUACAAUCCAGAAAACAACAGAGGAGGAGUGCAGGGCCAGAACAAACAGAGUAGCAUGGUAUGUCUCUUAGAAAACAUCAUAGUAUAGCCUUUGCUAUGAAAAAACGCCAUCAUAUACAUUGUAUAUUGUACAAAUAACAAGUCAAAGGAAAGAGACAUACAUUGUAGAAUUGUAGUAAUUCUGGGCUGGCUGAUUUACUAAUUAUCAGUAUUUUAUUUUUUUUACUGAUUUACGGUAAUAAAUAAAUUUUAAAAUGGCGCUACUUUGGCUCUGAACCUCUAUCUACCUGUGGUCGCUCUGUCUUCUGGAGUGAUUUGAUUGGUUAUGCGUCACGAAUAAAACUCCUUUAACAUCUGUAAACAAAACAAAAACAUAUCAACAAAGUUUUCUGUUAGAGUUUGUGUUCUUCUAAGUUUAACUCCAAGAUUUUAAAUACUUUCAUUUACUGCAAAUGAAUAUCUACUCCAAAUGUUUCACUAAUAAUUAUUAUCAGCCUUAAAAACCCACAAAACAUCCCUCUAUACUCGGCCACACUUAGUACAGUCCGGUUCCCCCUUCUAUGAAUCUGCUUGGAAUCGUCCACUUCCUGUUUGUCAAAGUGGCCUUCUACCUGGACAGGUUUUGUUGGAGCUCAUGCAACAAACAUUUUGGGUAACUGCACUUUAAUAUGGAUGGAUGACACUGAAUUAGAGUCUGUUUUAAUGAGACUGAGUUAAGAUGUGUAGCUCUGUCAUUAAAUAGGAAAUUAUUUCUCAGAAUUCACAGAGAAAAGUCUGAAAUGUUUGCUAGGUUAGCGUCCCACAUGUUCUUUGGCUCAGCUAAAGCUAACUCUCUCCAACUUCUGGAUCUCUUGAGUUGCUUGUUGUUAAAAUAUCUUGCUGGAGGUGCUGAACCUCAGAAAGUCUGAGAUGUUUGUUCAAAAUAAGCUCAUUCUCAAGUCUUAUCUGAACUGUCCUCUUUUGUUUGAACUUUCCCUAAACUUAGGAGUUAAUGACAGAGCAGCACAUCCAGACUCAGUCUCAUUUAUGUAGAGAUUAAACUUCAGUGUCAUUCAUUGAUGUUAAAGUGCAGUUUUUCAAAUGUUUGUUGCACAUGCUCCCGACCAAACCAGUCCAGGUGGAAGACGAUGUGAAGAGAAAGCUCCAGAGGAUGAAUCACACAUUUACGUUGGAAAUAAAUGUCCUUUAAUUAGACAUUGUCAUGCAAAAGUUGGAUUUCCCUUUAAUGAUGUUCAAAUCUUUGUUGAGUGUUUUGUUGAUGUUGGUUUCUAAAUGUUUUUUGACACUCGGCCCCAAAGAUUAAAACCUUCUACGGCUCACAAGCUGCAACAAUUCACAUAUUAUCAAUUAUCUUUCUGACUAAACUAAGAUAAAAAGUGAAAAACUGCCUGAUUCCUGCAUCAUAAAUGUAAAUCUUUUUGUUUUUUAUGACAGUAAACUGAAUAUAUUUGGGUUUGACAUUUUAUAAACCAAAACAAAAAAUGAAUUACUGGAGAAAACGACAGAUUAAUGGACAAAGAAAAUGUGUUUUCCAACAUAUAUGGCUGAAUUACUCCAACAUUACAAGAUACAUACAAUUUUAAUUCAAUUUUAUUUAUAUAACACCAAUUACAGGUCAAAUUCUCUCAAGACACUUUAUUUUUAUAUUUUUUGUCAUAUUUAAAAUAUGACAACGUAAGAAAUUUAAAGCUCUUGACUAACCCAAUUUAUUAUUUGGUUUUUAAGAGAUUAAUUGACAAUUAAAAUAACUUUCUCCACUAAAACUAAUAAACAUGAGGUCAAAUAGAAGGAACAGUUUUAAAUACUGCAGUCCCACGACAACAAGAAUAAAGUUUGUCAACAAAAACUAAAUCUGCUGGUGGAUUCCAUUAAAAUCCUAAUAAAUGAUAAAAAAGUGUGAUACUAAAGAUUUGUAGUGCUAAAAAUGUCAAAGUAAAGAUAUCAAAUUGAACAUCUGGAUGGAGGUUGAUAAAAGUUGACCUCCCUUCAUUUCUCUGGAGCGACUCCAUGGAUUUUAUGGAUGGUGGUUAAAGACCUGCUCUUCUAGUGGUCUUCCUUCUAGUCGCUGUAAAAAGUCAGUCCAUCCUGGCCGACUUCAACAUCUCUUCAUGACAACUUGUUCUGCCUCCGACCUCGUGGAAACUCAAGAAACUCGGGAAAACCUGUCGAGACUCGAAGAACUCGUGGAGACUCGAAGAACUCGUCGGGCGGGGGAAGGUGUGGUGGGCGGUGGGGGAGUAGAGGGGGGAGGCCGCCACCCACCUCCCCGCCUACUCUCCGCCCUGACUCCACCCAGACUCCACCUUGGCUCCACCCGUGUGGUCACUUGGAAACUACGAUGCCAAAGGGACGACGAAUUUAUUUCUUUUUAUCUGAUCUGUAGCUCAGUGAGUUAAGGAUUUGCCUAUGGAGCUGCAGGUCGCUGGUUCAAGACCAGACCCUUCUUAAAUUUUCUCAAAAUCCUGACAAAGACAAACAAAGAAAAAGGCCGGUGGUGGGUCUUGAACCUGCGACCCUCCGCUCUGUAGUCACUCUUCUUAUCCCCUGAGCUACUCGCUCAGAUACUAAAUCUUCUUUUUUUUGCGCAUUUAUCAUCUAUUUUUUGCCAUUUUCGAGUUUUUUUUUAAACUUGAGUCUCGACUCGACCGUUUUUCUCAGGAGGUUGGACUUCAGCCUUUGUGCUGGAGGGUUGAACCCUCAGUUCCAAGACUUUCCAAAGCCUCCACACCUCCCGAGUCCUCAGGACCUGAGCUUUCACACAGUCUGAGGGCUGAAAUUUUCUAAGUCCCACAGUAGUUCUCUGUUAGAUUUAACUUUCAGACAGUCCAAGGACUGAUAUCUUCUAAGUUCCUGAGUAGUUCUCUGUUAGUUUGAACCUUCAGACAGUCUGAGGACUGAAAUUUUAAAAGUUUCUCAGUACUUCUCUGUUAGUUUGAACCUUCAGACACUCUGAGGACUGAAGUUUUAAAAGUUUCUCAGUACUUCUCUGUUAGUUUGAACUUUCUGGUUAACAGAAGCCUUAAAACUUGUGACCAUGAGUCUUGAUUUCACAUUUAGACCAUCGAUCUGAGUUCUUCUCAGACCUUCACCUGUGGGUUUUUUAGAAAUCCUCAACAAACUUUGAUUCUCUUCACUGAACAGUAAAGUUUGUGGAGAUCAGAAGGUAACAUUAGUUUGAUAAAUGCCUUCAACUCUAGUAGACUUUAUCUGGAAAAUCUUGAUCGUUUUAUUGUCUCUUCUGUUCAAUUUGAUCUUCUGAAGUGUAACCGGUGUCUUUUCAAAUGUUUUGUGUUUAGUUUGAUUCUUCUUAAAUGUUUAGUUUUGCUCUCUUCUCACCUUUUAUUCUUUUCUAAUGUCUGAUUUGAUUUCUAAAUGUUUUGUCUUUUUAAUGUUUAAUUGUUUUUUCAAAUGUUUUAUCGGCUUGUUUGAAUUUUUUUUCUUUCCCAAUGUUU